UCGAGCGGAAAUCGAGCGGAAAUCGACCUCCACGUCACCGCACGGCAGAACAUCGAAUAGCCUCGGAACGUCUCAGAACCUCCCAACACCGUAUCCAUGGCAUAUUUCGUAUCCAUGGCUGCCGACUGCGGACCGACCGCGGAGGAACACGUCAGACACAUGCCAGGCCCCUUCGGUACCGGCACGAGAGGAUACCAGGCACGGGAAGAUGCUCGCGGUAAGCCCGGCAAGCAGCGCACGAACGGCAAACGCCACAAAUAA